AUGGCCGAGACCAGUAAGGCGCACGCAUGUAACGAGUGUCGAAGACGCAAGGCUCGGUGUUCCCGCGAGCUGCCCGUAUGUGCGCAAUGUCUCCAAUGGCGUCGGCAUUGUCUGUACGAAAAGCCGAUGCGAAGCCCACUUACUAGAAAACAUCUUACCGAAGUCGAAGAAUCCCUCCGCAUCGCCACCCAAAUCAUCCGCGACCAUGGCCUCGAUGUCGACCUUGAUGCAGAAUUAUCGCGUGCCAGAAAUGGCGUCAGUACGAGUUACCUCCCGUCGCAGCCGGAGAAGAUGGAGGACGAAAUUCCUCGCGAGGGUAUGAAGAGGCAACGAGCCGAUUCUUCAGGCUCAUCUCCCGGCAGGGUUCAUGGAGUUGAGCUAGGGAUCUUCGAGCCUUGCUUGGAGAUGCUGGUGUCGGAUGGUAGCGUUGAAGAAUCUCCAUCCACUGAUAUAUUGCCAUCGACCACACCAGACGAUCCGGUAGCGAGCGGAGCAGACUAUGACUGGGAUGAGCGAAAUACAGAAGCACAGAGCUGCCUAGACGGAAUGGCAGCCUUGUCGAUCCAAGAAGAACGACCGGGAUAUUUGGGCCUCGCGUCUGGUGCCUCCCUUUUGCAUUUGAUCCAGAACUGCUCUAGCGGUCCAUUGUCUUCGACUUCCGUGUUACAGAAGCCACCGACUCCCAAAGCACAAUCUCCACAUUCAUUAUCAGUCAACUUGCAACGAGAGAUCCCUCCACAAAAGAUCGAGGCCUAUGUUGCAAACUACUUCAGUGAAUACCACAUUUCAUAUCCGUUGGUACACCAAGGGCUUUUCAUGGCACAGUAUCACGAAAUUGUUCCACGGCCCAAAUACGGCUGGACAGUGCUGAUGUACAUUGUUGCCGCCCUUGGCGCAUUUAUGUCUGCAACGGCACCGAACGACGACGAUCUGAUCCUUUACCAACGUGCUCGAUCUCAUCUCUCGCUCGAAAUUCUCGAAGUAGGCAGUCUGACCCUAGUACAAAGCCUGAGUCUCAUCUCCAACUACCUGCAAAAGCGAGAUCGCCCGAACUCGAGUCAUAACUACCUUGGACUGGCUGUCCGUAUGGCCUAUGGCCUGGGUCUGCAUAAAGACUAUCCCAGCACAGAGGGAAAUCUCCUCUAUCGCGAGAUCCGUCGCCGGACCUGGUGGUGUCUCUUCAUUUAUGACGUCGGCUCAACAAUCACCUUCAGCCGUCCGUUGGCCAUUCCGUCGGCUGGUAUCGACGCGAAGCUGCCUCUCAACAUAUCAGAGAGUGACCUGACUAUAUCUGCGACGACGUCACCAGAGAAUAUCAAUGCUCCCACGAUUUACACGAAUGUGCGAGUCCAGUCUCAGUUCCAUCUGCUCACCAACCAUAUCUAUAACCGCGUCAUCUCCAGACCUGCCCCAUCGGCUAGACAGGUUCUCGAGUGGGACGAUACCUACAUUACCAAAUGGUUGAACAUGGUACCUUGGUACUACAAAGAAAGCGCCCAAGUGCCAGAGCGCCACGCGCUAGCACACUCAAUCAUGACCUGGCGAUACAAACACUUCCGAAUGAUCAUCUACCGCCACUUCUUGAUUCAAAAGGCCCUACUGACAACUCGAUUCCAAACAUCAAUUAUCCCCACAUCUAUGGAAGGCAAUCGACCACCAGAGACCUCAGACUCAUGCAGGUACCGAGACUUAGCAUGUGAACGCUGCCUGAAAGAGUCGCACGAGACAAUCACGAGCAUCGACCGAUUCUGGAAAAGCAACGUACACACGCGCAUGGCAUGCUGGUAUGCACUGUAUUUCCUGUUUUCCGCCACUCUGGUACCGGUCGUCCUCCUUCGAAACGAACCUCAAUCUCCAUUCGCAGACAGCUGGCAGGAGGAUAUCAAAACUGCCAUUGAAAUUAUCAAGAGCAUGGUGGAACUGAGUCCGUUUGCGGGUCGGUGCUUUGAAACGCUUGAAAGCCUUCGAAACUGCUACAAUGAGUCGGAUGACUUUGCAUCGGGCAUGGGUAUGCCUGAUAUUCCUGGGCUGGCAGAUCCUGAUCAGGUUCCUCUGGCUCAUAUGUUUUCGUCGAAUUUUACUGGAUGGUUGGAGGCUCCGGAAGCCUACUUUGAGGAACAGUUAUGGAGUAAUGAUCAGUUAUUUUACAACCCCGACUUCCCAGAAGAUACGCAACCUUGA